UUCUGCACCUUACAACAUACAUCACACCUUAUUUCCACACAUCCAAACACCGUUAACACCACUGACGCGUAACAUAUUUUACACAUCCCACUACGUAGUUAGAGCUAUCUUGAUUUGGAGUUAAAUAAAUUUACUUUUGGCUUGAGAGGUUUGUGUGUGGCCUCCCUUCUUGUUGCCAUCUUUGAGCUAGGUGGUAACAGUAGUAUGCAUGAGAGAAGACGCCGCGAGAUUUGUGGACUUCUAUGUUGUGUACGUUGAUAAUGUAGUGGGCUGGUCUGGACAGACGAUGCCAGGGCUGAAUUUUUGUCCCAGUCCACCCCUGGCCAAGACACUGCACUGAUUCUCCUCAGCUUGCACAGUGUCUCAUGUGAAACGUGACACAUGAAAGUUCUCUCUGAUAAGACGUGUGACCAUGCAAAAAUGAAUCUCUAGAGCCUAAAUGAAAUUCUACAAUUCUUUAUCUAGUUUGUAAGAAGUUGGACAAGAAGCUGUAGCUGGAUGAGGUUAUCACUCACAAAAUAGCUGUGACCAAGGUCAAUGACACCACUGAACCGAUGAAGCACUGCCAGUGGAAGAUUUAUAGGUGGAGUGUAGAGUAUUUCUCCACAUUAAGGGCCCUGUCACACAUAUGGGAACUUCUCAGUGGCUUAGUCUCCCAAAUAAAACCUUAGCUUCCUGUGGCGAGGCAAAUCCAAGCGUGGCUUUACGUGGAGUUCAACUUUGAUGAACUUUGACCAUAAGACCAUGCACCAUAAGACCACUGUGUUGCUUUCAAGUCAUUCAGUAAUUUAUCAUAUUACCCAGCAUAUUAUUCAUACAAAUAAUAAACACAAUAAUAUGAUCUUUUAACAGUAUUGAGUGGAUUCCACACAGAUUGACACUGUAAAAACCAUCUGUAAAGCUAAACCGAUGGGCUUUGUGGUCUUCUGCUUUGUUUGUGCUGUGUGUCGGAGUAACAAUGUCUCUGAAUACUGUGUUACAUUUAAAAAAAAAAAAAAAGUUUUAGCUCUGAUUCAGACACACAAAAUGAAAAUAGCCUCCUUGGCCAAGGUAAUAAUGUGCAGCAUCUCCAACGAUUCAGUCGUCUGUCCCUUUGUUGAACUCAUAUCUAAAGAACAGUUCAUCAUCUUGGCUUUACACUUGAAUGUUUAUUGUUAGGGGCCAAAGAAAGUGUGCUGUGGAAUUUGAGAUAACUUUAACGCAUAGUGAGCAGCUCUCUGUGCAGCAGUGCUGGUGCAGUUUCUGGGUUCUGUAGACUGAGUCCUGCAGCCGGUCUUUACUUUCCGCUGCUUAAUUACUGCAGGUCACUAUUACAGUUUCGGAACAGCCUUACCAAAGGGCAAGCAAUAGUGCACAUAGAUAUAAAUAUAGAUAUAGAUAUAGAUAUAGAUAUAUAGUAAAAUCAGCAACGGCAGAUGUUUACCCAAGACAAGAUCCCUGCAACACAUGAAACAUGUCUUAGACAUUAAUGGAACCCAUCUCAAUUAGCAGCAUCCAUGUAUUAGUUCAGCCAGUUCAAUCUUUGUAUAAAAGACUGCUUUUAGCCGCUUGGUGGUUUUACAUCCUUCACAGUUAUCAUUUUCUUGGCAGUCAGCAAAGGAAUCCUUAAUACGUAUCUCUGGUAUAUGUUAUAGUGGUCUUUAGGUAUGGCUCCCAACAAAAACAACAAUGGAUCUAAAGGAUUAUACUUUUUCAAAAUGCAAUUUCCUCUUGAACACCUCUCUUGCAUUUCUGGGCAGUGUCAGAAUAAUGAUGUGUGGUCUCCUACCUUUCCACUAUUUCUCUAACAUACCAAUGGUUGUUGUACAUAUGAGGACAAGAUAAGAGGGGUGUUAAAAUAUCAGAUAUUUCAUUUCCAGUCAAAUUCUUUCCAUAAUUGGCUGUUAAUUCCAUAAUGUGAGUUUGCACAUAAGUAUUCCCUUAUGUUGAGUCAGGUACAUUUACAGAAUGGAUAUCUCCAAAUUUUAUAGGGUUUGAUUGAAAUUGAAAAAUGUAUGGUCUUUGUGGAGGUAAGUGCUCAACUUUCAUUCUACUUCUCAAUGAGAGGGAUUUGAACACUGAAUUUGACACAACUGCCUUGCUGUUGUAUACAGUAUUUAUCCAAAUAUAAAGAACAAAACUUAGGUAGAUACUUAAUUUGUGAUCUGCAUUCUUAAAAUAAUGUAAGAACUAUUGAAACACUCUGAAAUCACAAGCUAACGGUAAGCUGUAAUUAAAAGAAAUUAUUUAACUGAAUUUCCAGAUCCUAAACCCUAAAUGAGGAAGGAAAUGGGCAUUGUGGGAAGAACUGCAGCGAGUGCUCCAACACGACGCUCAGCCCACUGAGGCGGGGUUGUGCCUUGUGAUUGGUCAACACUCUGAUAAGUUCCACAUCUCCCCCUGGGAGCAAAGCUCAGCUUAUUAAACAGCAUGGCAACUGCAGGGAAGGUGAUCCGGUGCAGAGCUGCAGUAGCAUGGGAGGCCGGGAAACCUCUCGUGAUGGAGGAGGUGGAGGUGGCGCCUCCUAAAGCAGGGGAGGUUCGGCUCAAGGUUGUGGCCACAGGGAUCUGCCACACUGACUCCUACACCCUGAGUGGUUCGGACCCUGAGGGAGUUUUCCCCUCGGUGCUGGGCCACGAGGGAGCUGGUAUCGUGGAGAGUGUCGGAGAUGGAGUCGUCAAGUUUCAACCAGGGGACACGGUCAUACCGUUAUACGUCCCACAAUGUGGAGAGUGCAAGUUCUGCAAAAAUCCCAAAACCAACCUCUGCCAAAAGAUCAGGCUCACUCAGGGCAAAGGCUUGAUGCCAGAUGGGACGACUCGAUUCUCCUGCAAAGGCAAGAGCCUCUUCCACUUCAUGGGCUGCAGCACGUUCUCUGAGUACACUGUGGUGGCCGAGAUCUCUCUGGCCAAAGUGGACCGCAGGGCCCCGCUGGACAAGGUUUGUCUGCUGGGCUGUGGCAUCACCACCGGAUAUGGAGCUGCUAUAAACACGGCCAAGGUGGAGGCUGGGUCGACCUGUGCAGUGUUUGGCCUGGGGGCACUGGGCCUCGCAGCCAUAAUGGGCUGUAAAGCAGCCGGGGCCGCUCGGAUCAUUGGCGUCGAUCUAAACCCUGACAAGUUCCCCACUGCUCAAGAGUUCGGGGCCACGGACAUGGUGAACCCGAAGGAGCACAGCAAGCCAAUCCAAGAGGUGCUGGUGGAGAUGACGGACGGAGGCGUGGACUACUCCUUCGAAUGUGUGGGCAAUGUGGCAAUCAUGAGGGCAGCUCUGGAGGCCUGCCAUAAAGGAUGGGGCACAAGCAUAAUCAUCGGGGUGGCAGCUGCCGGCCAGGAGAUCUCCACCCGACCUUUUCAGCUGGUGACUGGACGCACCUGGAAAGGCACUGCCUUCGGAGGAUACAAGAGUGUGGACAGUGUUCCCAAACUGGUGGAAGACUACAUGAACAAGAAGCUGAAAGUGGAUGAAUUUGUAACUCACACUUUGCCCUUUGAGAAGAUCACUGAUGGUUUCGAUCUCAUGCAUGCUGGGAAGUGCAUUCGUGUGGUCCUCCAGUUCUAGAUGCAGAGGAGCGCUGAAAACACAAUGGAAGUCCAUGUUGUCAAAUAAAUAAACUUUAAAUUCA